CUUUAUCAUAUCCAAACUACAGAAAUAACUCCUGAAAUAAUAACAAAUAUUGCAGAGACUGUUUUUAAAGAAUUUGAAAAAGUAUUAACAGAAGAGGAAAAUAUAGAGUUGCUUAAUCCUACUAAAAAUCUUUAUUCAAAUGAACAAGAUUUAUAUUUAUAUAUUUCAACUUUUAUUGAUCUUAAAUCUUUAGUUUUUACAACUUCUAAAAAUAGUUAUGAAAAUGAAGAAAUUAAUGAAAUUAA